AUGUCUGAGACGUGUGUCCCCCAUCAUGAUUACGCGGCCAACCUCCUCACAGGUUUCCUUUGUAUUGGUAUCACGAUCUCCUAUUUACCCCAGCACCUUAGAAUUAUCUUGACGAAGUCAUCCGAAGGCUUCAGCCCAUGGUUUCUGUUGUUAGGAAGCACGUCGUCUGCCUCGGCGAUGCUGAAUAUAAUCGUCAUGCAGUGGGGUAUUGUGAAAUGCUGUAGAGUCCUCAGUUUUGGCAACUGUGUCGAAUCGGUUGCCGGAAUAUUCCAAGUGUUCUUGACGUGGUUCCUCUUCGUGCUAAUCCUUGUACUAUACAUGAUAUACUAUCCUCGACACCUCAAGUACGCCGAGCUAGAUGUCGACAUGCACGACAAUCGGCCUCCCCACCACAUAAAGACUCCCGUCCCGAAUGACGAGUGGAGGCUGUCGAUCAUCCUCUCCUGGGUGGUCUUCCUGCACAUCUUAUUCAUCACAUUCGUGACCUUCCUCCUCCUCUCGACGAAGCCUUCUCCAGAUCCGAGUCGCCGCUCCACACAGAUCUCCCUAUGGGCGACCUUCCUCGGGGUCACCUCGGCAGCCCUGGCGACACUGCAAUACCUCCCGCAACUCACGAAGACCUACCGCCUGAAACUCGUGGGUGCGCUGAGCAUCAAAUCGAUGCUCAUGCAGAGUCCCGGUGCAGUGCUGAUGGUGCUCAGCGUCGCGCUGAGACCCGACACAAACUGGACCACAUGGCUCGUCUACGCCGUAGCCGGUAUCCUGCAGGGCGCACUGCUGAUCAUGUGCAUCUGCUGGCGUGUGCGCCAGCGCAGGCUCGGGAUCGAUGACUUCGGGAACCCACUGGCGUCCCUGGAUACUGACUCCCCGGCGGACGUCACGAGAGGACCGGACGGGGGGAUGCCCCUUGAAGUUGCGGUCGACGUGGCCGUGGAGGCCGACCUCCGGGACGAUCUCGUGGAGGCGGUCGCCGUCGAGGGUGCGAGUGAGAUGACGCCGCUUCUCGCGAGGAAGAGCCAGAGUGAGGGCGAGGAGGAGCAGAGUGGCAGUCGGUGGUUCGAGUGGUUGAGGAGGACCCGUUGA